GCGGUGGAGCCCCCGGCUAAGAAGCAGAGGGGUACAGGGGGCACUGUCGGCCAGGAUGCCCCCUUGGUGAUCAUUGAGGAUCGCCCUUCUCCGGACCCCCAGUUGGUGCUGCGGCGACAGCCCAAGCCGAUCUCCCCUUGCGAAGCCCCCCCGGGAGAUCCUGCAGCUUUCCUUGGCCCCGGGGGCUUCUGUCCUACAUGGCUCAGCGGAGCCGAAGGCUUUCUUGAGGGGGAUGACCUCGGCAAUGGACAAGGCUGCCCUCUCAACCUAUGAUGAUGAGGCCCUCGAGAACAGGAUCCUUCGAUCUUCGUUAACUGCUUGUGUAGCCCUCGGGGAGCACGCACAGAGGCUCGAGCAAUGGCGCCUCCAGAAAGCGGAGCAGGAUCGGGAGAUGAAGGAGCUCAUCCUGAAGAACUCUGAUGCUGUAAAGCAGAUGGCCUUGCUGGAGGAAGAUCUCCGGAAAGCUGCCGAGGGCGCUCAGCUGAAGGCCAAAGCUGCAGUGGAGGAGGCCAGGCUUGAGGCCGAGAGGGCUGCUAAGAAAGCCGUUGUAAC